ACCUCCGCUGUCUUCAUUUCCAAAAUUUCCCCCCGAAAAUCAAAACCCUAAACCCUAAUUCCACCCUGAAACGCUUGUUCCUCAGAGCCGAGAGAAAUGGAUCAGAGAUUAGCGAACGCCUGGCGAAUGACCGUCAACGAGAAGAAGUUCAUCGAGACCGCACUCCUCUCGGAUCUCAGAGUCGACGGCCGCCGCCCCUUUGAUUACCGUCGCAUUACCAUCAAAUUUGGGAGCAAGGAUGGUUCAUCAGAGGUGCAACUUGGCGAGACUCAUGUCAUGGGCUAUGUGACUUCACAAUUGGUCCAACCAUAUCGUGACAGACCAAAUGAAGGGACGCUUUCAAUUUUUACUGAGUUUUCUCCAAUGGCUGAUCCUACUUUUGAGGCAGGCCGCCCAGGAGAAUCUGCAAUUGAAUUAGGACGUGUAAUAGAUCGUGGUCUGCGGGAGAGUAGGGCAGUGGAUAUGGAAUCCUUAUGUGUCAUUGCAGGGAAAUCUGUCUGGGCCGUUCGCGUAGACAUCCACAUUCUUGAUAAUGGAGGGAAUCUCAUUGAUGCUGCUAACAUUGCUGCUUUAGCUGCUCUGUUAACAUUUCGAAGGCCUGAAUGUACAUUAGGUGGAGAAAAUAGCCAGGAUGUUAUUGUGCAUGAUCCUGAGGUCAGGGAACCACUUCCCUUGACCAUCCAUCACCUUCCUGUGGCAGUAACCUUUGCUUUCUUUGGUGAAGGGAACAUCAUGGUGAUUGAUCCAACCCACAAGGAAGAGGCUGUAAUGGGGGGCAGAAUGACUGCUACAUUGAACUCAAAUGGUGACAUUUGUGCUGUACAGAAAGGUGGGGGUGAAGGCGUGAUUUCAAGUGUUGUUAUGCAGUGCUUGCGGAUUGCUUCCAUAAAAGCUGCUGAUAUCACAAGCAAAAUUAAGAAUGCGGUAGAUGCAUACGACACUGAAAGGGCACUUCGAAAAGUGAAGCGCCAUCCAUCAUCAGUUGCGCAAAAAGUUAGUGUACCAGAUGUUAUCAUGAAGGAGAGCCAACUUGACGAAUUUAUUAGACAAAAAGCUCAAAUGGUGACAGAAGAGCCGGGUGUCGAAAGCAUGGGAACUGAAUCUUUAUCUUGUAAAAGAGAUGCCAAUAGUAUAGGCAGAGCAUUUACUGGCGGUCCUUCAAAUUGGGAUCCAUAUUCAAAGAGCAUAUCUAUGACUUCUGUCAGAGCUCAAACUUCAACAGGUCCUAUGGCAAUAAAGAGAGAACAUGAAGCCAUGGACAUUCAGAAGCCAAUAGAAUCCAAUCCUGACGGAAGAACAAUUCCAGAUGCUUCUGGUUCCAGUAUAGUUGAUGGAUCUGGUGUUGGCCAGCAAUCUAACACCCCAAAGAGUCUAAAAGAUGCCGUGAAGGUGAAAAGCAAAAAGAAAACCAAAGAAUCUUCUACUGCAAUGUGAAUUAUGUACUGACAGCCUUACAUAUGCAUGCCAGGAAUUGUCGUGGAUACAAAUCCUUGACAAGCAUUUGCAGAUCACAGCCAGAGGGGAAUAAUCCGCAGGUCUUGCAGUUUCAAUUUUGUGGCUAGGGGUUCAAUUCCUGUAAGUCUUUUCAUGCUUUGAUGGCUUCAGAUUAGUGGAUAAGUGGAUUAAAAUGGUGGAUGAUUCUCUUACACGAGGAUUUUGGUUAUUAUUAAAUGUUCCAUACUAGCUAGAGAGUCCGGUUCCAUCAAAUUUUGUAAAAAUUGUUUUACUCGUUCUAUUAUGAAAGCAGUUCUUUUGGUUGUUAACCAAUUGUUUCCUACCUCUAAAUUAUUAAUUUCUUUAAUUCUCAAUGAGUGUGAAAUAUA